AUGAGUCGGCUGCCGCCGUCGAGCGUCGCUCGAUCGCUUUCGCAAGGCCGCCCGGGCUUCUACCGUUCCAAGUCGUCGACCGAAUCCCGCACCGAACUCACCCGCCAACCCACUCAGAAGGGACUCCCCGAAUACGAGGAACACAAGUACCGCCCUGUCUCCGAACAUCCUCGAUUCAGUUCGGUUUCCCAUGCGAGCACCACAGACAGCUAUUACGAAGAUGAUGAUAAGGAUGUGACACCUCGGACAACGAUGUAUGGGAUGCCGCGCGCGGAGUCCCCCGAGGAUGUGGCAUCGCUGGCGAGUGGAGCAAAGGGCGCGUCGGUUGGUGUGGCGCUUGCGGAGCCACAAGGCACGUCGACCGACUCGUCGGCUUCGAAACUGCACAUCCCACGCACCCUGGCACCGCCCGUAUCGCCGCACUCGCGCCCAUCUAGCAGUGCGCGCGUGGCGCAUUCGGAGAGCUCCGACGAUGAGUACAGCAGCUCCAACGGCGGGUCCACGUUCUCCAAACCGCGCAAGCUGUCAUCUGGAAGCGCGGUGUCGCUGCCAUAUUCACCCAUGUCGACGUUCCCUGCGCGACCACAUCCGCGGUCGCCAUCGCUGAGCUCAGAAACCUCGGGCACGGGCACAAAUUACCUCCCUCGGCCUUCCUUCAAUUUCUCGCGACCGCUGAGUCGGUCGAGCACCAGCUUGUCUGCCCCUGGGGCUUCCACGCCUACGGAAUCGACGAAUGCCUCCGUGUCGAAUCAGAUGCAUCGACGCAGCAAACCGACUCCGCUUACACUAUCGACCGAAGAAGGCGCGUCGACUGCACCCGGUGAGGAUGAGCCCUCGUCCGCCGUUUCGUCAUAUGUCUAUGCCAAAUACGCACUUCCGCGCGGGCGCUUCCUUUCGAGAGAUUCGGUCAUCUUCGCAGGCUUGCAGACCCCUCACUUUGAGUGGGACGGGCCGCUGUUUGAGCAGACGGCCCCCCAAGCUUCCGAGGAGCCAUUGCGGAUGACACGAACACCGUCUCCUACCCACCACCGCCAGAUGGAGCAAUCACCCAAGCCUCACUCCAUGCAUGAAGUUCCUGCUUCCAGGGCCCCUGCGACCCCGAAAUCCCACCAUCACCCUCAAACCCAAACCCCCCGUCUCAGCGAAAUCUCCAACCCUCGCCUGCGCCCUCGACAGUGGAGCCCUGUCCGACAGACGAUCAACGACAAGGCUGAGACGGUGUCUUCUGCAGAUUCGGCGAGUACCACACGACCCACAACCGCCACCACUCAUGUCACGGCGUCUGGACUGACGGCCGAUGACCACGUUGCCAAGGGCAUCGAAUGCCACGAACGCGGCUCUCUAAGUGAGUCGACGUAUCACCUGCGGGUUGCCGCGAAACAGGACCAUCCGACGGGCAUGCUGCUGUACGCGCUCGCGUGUCGGCAUGGCUGGGGGAUGCGGUCUAAUGAGAAAGAAGGCGUCCGAUGGUUACGCAAAGCGGUGGAUUCGGUCGGAUUGGAAAUGUUGGCCAAUCCCGAUGCCCCUGGUGCGUCGAAGGCGAAGGAAUUACAAAAGGCCUACCGGGCCCAAUUCGCGCUUAGCAUCUACGAAUUGGGCGUCAGCUAUCUGAACGGGUGGGGCAUUGAUCAGGAUAAGUCGCUUGCCCUACGCUGUUUCGAGAUUGCCGGUCAAUGGGGCGAUGUGGAUGCGAUGGCCGAGGCCGGAUUCUGUUACGCGGAGGGAGUGGGCUGUAAGAAGGAUAUGAAGAAGGCGGCUCGGUUCUACCGGCAGGCUGAGUCGCAGGGCAUGAGUAUGGUUGGAAACAGCUGGAUCUAUAAAGACAAAUACAAUGAGAGCGAGGCGACCCGCUCCCGUGGCCGAAAUGCCAGCGGCGAGAAGGGCAAGAAGCCGCGCAGCAAGUCGCGUACUCGAAGUAUCUUCCAACGCAAGAAGAGCAGUGCUCCGGAGGCAUAG